AUAGACGGACUAUGUGUUCUUCCGGUUGUCGGUAAAGGUUGCGUCCGUCCGGAAACAGCGUCUUCAUGCUGAUUAUAAAAUAACAAAUGAGUACAUGUGUAUUUUAAAAAAUAUUACUACAGAGUACGAAAAGGAAGUAUUUGCAUUACAUUAACAUAUUUUAAUGAUGAACUUUCCCGGGUUUUCAGUAAAGAAGUAUCUCAGCUAGCCUAAAGGUCGUAGCUGGCAUGUUCGUGUGUCACUGAUAAUGUGGAGGGCAGGUCGGGUCCUGAGUGUGAGGCUUACAGAGAGAGGAGUUACCAGGCUCUGCACUGGGAACCCAGGGAAACCUUCCUCCUCAUCCUCCUCCUCAUCUCACUCCUCUCCUCGGCCCCAAGCAGAGAAAAAGAGGCGGAGGAGACAGAGGGAUGAGGCCAUCCUGACAGGGCAGCACAGUACUGCUGAAAAUAACUCAGGGAGUUGGAGUGAGAAGCAGAAGAUAGAGUACAACGUUUUAACUCCUCCUGGGACCAAGAAAGACACCAGCGGGCCAUUCCCAUCAGCCUAUAGUCCAGACUAUGUGGAGUCCAGCUGGUAUCAGUGGUGGGAGAGAGAAGGAUUCUUCAGACCAGAGCAACAUGAGCAUUUACCUCAGGCGGUGGACCGGACCUUCUCUCUGUGUAUCCCUCCUCCGAACGUGACGGGGACGCUUCACCUCGGUCACGCUCUGACUGUGGCCGUGGAGGACGCUCUGGUUCGAUGGAGGAGGAUGCAGGGAUACAGAGUCCUCUGGGUACCUGGAUGUGACCAUGCAGGUAUCGCCACUCAGAGUGUAGUGGAGAGGAAGCUGCUGAGGGAGCGAGGGAGGAGCAGAAAGGACUUCAGCAGAGAGGAGUUUCUGCAGGAGAUGUGGAGAUGGAAGAACGAGAAAGGAGAUGAGAUCUACCAGCAGCUGAAGAAGCUGGGAGCAUCUCUGGACUGGAGCAGGGCCUGUUUCACUCUGGAUCCUAGUUUCAGCCGAGCUGUGACCGAAGCCUUCGUGCGUCUCUGUGACUCUGGGCUCAUUUAUCGAUCUGAAGGUUUGGUGAACUGGAGCUGUUCUCUGGAGUCAGCCAUCUCUGACAUCGAGGUGGACUCUCAGGAGCUGAGUGGACACACUCUGCUGUCUGUUCCUGGUUAUGAGAACAAAGUGGAGUUUGGGACGAUGGUGACGUUUGCUUAUCCUCUGGAGGGACAGGAUGGAGAGGUUUGUGUGUCCACCACCCGUCCUGAGACAAUGCUGGGUGACGUUGCUGUCGCUGUUCACCCCGACGACCCUCGAUAUCAGACUCUUCACGGGAAACAGCUCAGACACCCGUUCACUCACAGACUGCUGCCCGUCAUCACUGACUCUAUGGUGGACAUGGAGCUGGGAACAGGUGCAGUGAAAGUGACUCCUGCUCACGACCACACUGACUUCCUGCUGUCUCAGAGACACGCACUACCUCGCCUCACUGUGAUCGCAGGAGAUGGCACCAUGACGCCCCCCUGUGGACACUGGCUGCAGGGAGUAAAGCGUUUUGAUGCCAGACUGCAGGUUAUUGACGCUCUGGUGGAGAAGAAGCUGUUCAGAGGAAAGAAGAGCCAUGCCAUGACUUUACCUUUCUGCAGUCGCUCAGGAGACGUCAUCGAACCUCUCCUGAAGAAGCAGUGGUUUGUCCGCUGUGAUGAAAUGGCUAGAAAAGCUGUACAGGCUGUGGACGAGGGCCAGCUGGAAAUCAUUCCUCACCUCUACACAAAGACCUGGAAGAACUGGCUGUCCAACAUCAAUGAUUGGUGCGUUUCCAGGCAACUGUGGUGGGGUCAUCAGAUACCGGCUUACCAAGUGCAGCUUCCUGAUUCUACAGACAGACAACAGGAAGAGCAGUGGGUUUGGGGACGCAGUGAGGAUGAAGCCCGUCACAGAGCUGCUGUUAAAUAUGGAGUGAAACCAGAAGACAUCACUUUGACUCAGGACCCGGACGUCUUGGACACAUGGUUCUCCUCCGGGUUGUUUCCCUUCGCAAUGCUUGGCUGGCCUGACCAGACCCCUGACCUCCAGCACUUCUACCCCAACUCCAUCCUGGAGACAGGAAGUGACCUCAUCUUCUUCUGGGUGGCGAGGAUGGUGAUGCUUGGCACGGAGCUGACCGGAGAGCUGCCCUUCAGACAGGUUCUCCUUCACGCUAUGGUGAGAGACAAACACGGCAGGAAGAUGAGCAAAUCUCUGGGAAACGUCAUCGACCCGUUAGACGUCAUUCAUGGGGUCUCUCUGGAGAGACUCCAGGAGAAGGUAAACGAGGGAAACCUGGACCCCAGGGAGCAGCUGGUUGCGAUUGAAGCACAGAGGAAAGACUUCCCCGGGGGGAUCCCUCAGUGUGGGACAGAUGCUCUGAGGUUUGCUCUGUGCUCUCACAGGAUGCAGGGUGACGCCAUCAGCCUGUCGGUCUCUCAGGUUCUGAGCUGUAGACAUUUCUGUAAUAAAAUGUGGCAGACGCUCAGGUUCACUCUGGGAGUUCUGGAGAACAACGCAGCACUGGUGGGAACACUGGAGGAGACGUCUCCUGUGAGCAGUGUGGACCGCUGGAUCUGCUCCCGACUCUACAGCACUGUGCUGCAGGUGGAGCAGGCCUUUGAAUCCUACGAGCUGCACGCUGUGACGUCUGCUCUGCACUCCUUCUGGCUGCACAGCCUGUGUGACGUCUACAUGGAGUGUGUGAAGCCUUUGCUGGCUCAGCGGGGUGGAGGGAAUAUGUGUGAGGACGAGGUGAAGGCGAGGCGUGCAGCCGUCAGCAUCCUGUAUCACUGCGUGUCCUCAUCUCUUGCCCUGCUGUCUCCCUUCAUGCCUUUCAUCACUGAGGAGCUGUGGCAGAGGCUGCAGCCAUUCAGAGGCGGAGCUGCAGCUCAGAGCAGCCUGAGUCUGCAGCCGUACCCUCGCGCAGACCGACUGGCUCACUGGUGUUUCCCUGAAGAGGAAAGAGACUUCAUGCUGGUGCAGGACGUGAUCAGAGAGGUCCGCUCACUGCGGGCUCAGUGUGGACUGACCAAAGAGAAACCUGACAUGUGGGCAGUGUGUUCACAAAGCCAGGCCCGAGUCCUCCUCCACUUUGAAUCAGCUGUUCAGACUUUGAGUCGGAUCUCCAGCCUCCAUAUUUACUGUCCUGAUAAUACAGACGGCUGCUCUUCUGGCAGCUCCAUCCCACCACCUGAAGGCAGCCUGGUCAGUGUGGUGGACCACACCUGUCAGCUACACCUCCAUGUACAGAGUGGAGUAAACUUUAACAAACAGAUGCUGCAGCUUUCUCAGCGCAGAGACAAACUGGUCCUGAAGCUGGAGGAGACCCUGAACAGAGUCCGGUCUCCAGACUACCAGACCAAAGUCCCUGCUCACGUCAGACAGCAGACAGAGAGCAAGGUGUCGGCCCUGCAGCAGGAGAUGAAGACUCUAGAGGAGCAGCUGAGAGCCUUGCAGGAGACUGAGAGAGCUAAAUGACUGCGGACAGACGUUACAGACUGUGUGAGGACUUUAUGGACGUCACUGUCUCUGCACUGCUUCAGUGACAGAGAGGAUGUUUAAUAUAUAUGUGGACUACAGUGCUGUCAGACUGUCAUAUUGCAGCACUUACCUGCAGGUGAGGCUGUUGAGGUCUGCAGGUAUCCAUGGAAACGGACUUCAGAGGGCAUGAUGGGAGUUUUGUUGUUGAAUGGAAAGUAUCUACACGGCUGUUAUCUUUGUUUACAGCCCUUCAUGUCUGUUUUUAUUGGAAUGGUUUUUUUUUUAUCUUUAACUCUAAAGAAAGCAGAAUGAUUUUUAUUGAAUCAGUGUGAAUAAAGUGUAAACACAGCCUGUGUAUGAGGAAACA